GGAGUGACGCAGCCAGCCUCCACCAGAACCAAAACCGUGACGAUGUCGCGUGGGUGCGUGGGAGUUACUGUUCCUGUAGAUGCAGAUCGCGUCGGUGGACUUGUUUGUGCUAUGUCUGCCACAGCUACAGUCACUGCAGCCAGCCCUGAAAAGAUCAAAAGAUCAUCUAAAAUCCUUUUGCGACGUUAUAUCUAUUCGAUAUCAUCUCGUAAUAUUCAUUGUUGGUCCUAAUGGAGGACCAGCAACCUAAUGAAGUACGUCUGGCUCGGAAGGGUGCCAGCGGUGUGCCCGUUGUCCGUCCCGUGAGAGGUACUCAAAUAAGAAGAGGGAGUUACUUGGGGCGUGGUGGGCGAGGCGGUCGUGGCUAUCGACCUAUGUUGCUCUCAGGAGCACCUCCAAUUGCCAAACGACGUCGAGAGGACGAUCACCGUGACGCGGUUUUACCACAACAUUCACCCUCAUCUUCUAAGAAAUCAAAAAGUCGACCGCUGCUUGAAGAAUUUACCAUAGAGAUACCCGUAGAAUGUCGGAAGGGUGCUCCUGGUAGUUCCUUCAAAAGACGAGAUUGGAUAACGUACCAGAGGUCUCGUUUUAGCUCUGAGGGUCACAGAAUGGCAUAUUGGCACUUUUCGGGCAACAAUGCUACAUUUUAUGUGGAAAAGGAUGCGAUACCUAAGGUCCCUUACGAACCCUCUUGGAAUACGGCGGUGGUCAAAAAGGAACCUUUGG